ACCAACUAACCAACAACAAAAACAUCAACACCAAAAAUCCCUUAAAACCAAAAAGCUCCAAAAUGUUACCUGCAUUACCUUGGUUAACUCUCACAGCCUUGAAUGGCAGGUAGUAUUCUAUAACUUAUUUUUUGUAUUGGGAUUGAUCCUGGGGCUCUCACUGAGCUCCAUCCCCAGCCCUUUUUACUUUUUUAUUUUGAAGUAGGUCCACCCUAAGUCACUAAAUUGCCCAAGCUGGAUUUGAAGCCAUUUUGCCUCAACUUCGCAGAGCGCCGGGAUUACAGGCCAGUGCCACCAUCCCUUGCCCUGGUAUAUGAGCUAAGCCCAAGUGAGCUGGCUCCUCCCGUCCAGUCUCAGCGGCUGCCAGCAGAUCAUGUGCCAUCAGCUGUGCCGGGGCAGGCUGUAGGACGACGACUUUCUCACCAAGCAGCAAGUGCCUGGGCACCAUGGGACAGUGCCGGUCCGCCAACGCCGAGGAUGCCCAGGAAUUCAGUGAUGUGGAGAGGGCCAUCGAGACCCUCAUCAAGAACUUCCACCAGUACUCAGUGGAGGGUGGGAAGGAGACGCUGACACCGUCUGAGCUCCAGGACCUGGUCACUCAGCAGCUGCCCCAUCUCAUGCCGAGCAAUUGUGGGUUGGAAGAGAAAAUUGCCAACCUGGGCAACUGUAAUGACUCUAAACUGGAGUUCGGGAGCUUCUGGGAACUGAUCGGAGAGGCAGCCAAGAGCGUGAAGAUGGACAGUCCUGUUCCCGGGAGUUGAAGACCCUCCUGGAAUUCUGGGGGAGAUGUUGGGGAGAGGGCACCUUAGAGACUAUGGGCUCGGAAAUAAAACUUCUCUCCAGCACUACCCCCUGCUCCCUAGCCUGCACCCCCGGCAAGGUUCAUGUUCAUAACUGCCACCCCCAGGGCUGGUGCACUCUGUCCUGGCAGCUCCAUGGAGCGCGUGGGUCUAGGAGCGCCCCACUGUGGUAUGCUCGGGGGGCAGGUUGGGGCCUGGGAGGGUACAGAGGAAUAAGGGGUGUGUAACGGCCAAGUGAUUUGGUAGUAGGGAGAGGGCAGAGCGGAGCUGGGCUGUGGGCAAUGAUCGGAAGGUUGGGCUGGGAAUAUGGGGCACCGAAGUCUCAGAAUCUACCCCUCUUAGUCUCUUCUCCAUGCUAAGGUGUAGCCGUCCUGUACUGCCCCCUCCUGCAACCCAGCCCUACCCUGCCCUCCUUCCCAGACCGUGUCCCUGGGCUAGGGCAGGAGAGAAGGGAGCAGGGUCAGAGAAGAGGCUGAGAAGGUGCGAUCUGGGGGUGAGAGGACCAACGGGGGCUUGG